CAGCAAUGGCGUAGAGAGAGAGAGAGAGAGAAGGUCGCGCGUCGGGUUCGGUUCCCAUCGACGAGGGUGACGCCGCCGCCGCCGUCGCCGUCGUCGGGGCUGGUUUGAGAUCUCGCCGGUCCGGACCUCUCGCCUCUUCGCCUAGGGUGGUUCUUCGGGGGAGGCGAGCUUCGGGAGGCAUGCCGACGUUCACAUCAAUAGCUUUGGACAGACUAUUGGAACCUGGGGCUUUUAAACCGAUCGAUGAGGCAGCCGACACUUCGAGGCCUGCUCCUAAUGCCAAGCCACCAAAGCCCAACAUAGUUUUGGAGUCGAAGCUAGCGAGAUGUAACAGUGCACCGGCCAUCGAAAGGAACAUUCAGCUGCCUCGGCUGGUGCCGUCGCUGUAUGCCACUCCUGAGGUGACUCCUCUUCCUGACUCGCCUUCCUCGCUUCCUUCUUCUUCCCCUUACAUCAUCAAUCACAAGCGGCGGGGGCCAAGACUCCAGAAGAGUUUCUCACUGGACAGUGCUUCAUCUCACCACAAGGUCCGGGACGAAGAGAAGUCCAAUGGCAACAUGAAAGAUGAAGGAACUACUUGUCUUGCUAGUGAAGAUGAUGCGGCUGUCGCAUCAAAAUUUUAUAAACAAAUUGCAGAUAGGCAUGUGACUGGGGUUGAUGAAAGUGAAGUCGCAAGCUGCAAGGACUUCAAGAACAGGGUUUUGGACGCUGGAACUGGUAGUUUGGGCUGCCAAAUUGUGGAGGAAAAUGUUUCCGCUAAGCCUGUUGCACUGGCUACUGAAAUUGAGGGGAACAGUGACAAUCUUUGCCAUCCUUGGGAUUCCUUUUGUCCUACAGGUAACACUGAUGCAGAGGAAAAUGGCACAACAGAAUAUUCUUUGAAGUCUGAAACUCCUGCGGUGGAGUUUUUUGAUGCUUGGGAAGAGUUGUCAUCUGAGGGUGGAAUGCUGUGUUCUCGUCGUGAUCUUGAGGAGGAAUUACGUGGGAUUAGGUUGAGUUUAUUGAUGGAAAUAGACAAGCGCAAGCAAACAGAGGGAGCUUUGGCCAAUUUGCAAAGCCAGUGGCAAAGGAUCAAGCAUGUGCUAUCGUCCAUGGGACUGACACUGCAUGCAUGUCCAGACAUGGCAUGUGAACAGUUGGACGUCGAUUCUUUUGAAGAGUUGUCGCAACGAGUUUUUCUUGCUCGUUUUGUAUCAAAUGCUAUUGGGAGGGGCAUUGCAAAGGCAGAAGUGGAGUUGGAGGUGGAAGCUCAGGUCAAGGAAAAGAACUUUGAGAUUGUCCGAUUGUUGGAGCGGCUCAAUUAUUACGAGACUGUGAAUCAUGAGAUGUCCCAGAGGAACCAGGAAGCUUUUGAGAUGGCUCGGCGACUCAAGCAAAGAAGGAAAGGAAGGCAGAGAUGGAUUUGGCGUUCUAUAGCAGGUGUUAUUUCACUCGGUACUGCAGUGUUGGUGUGGUCGUACCUCCCAACAGGACAAAGAUCCUCCACUACUAGCCAUUCUCUGGCUACUGGGCAAAGUAAUGAAGCCAAAUAGUGAACCCCUUCUUACAAACUUAACAAAGUUGCAAAAGGGAAGGGUGCUCUACUCCGUGAAUAUGAUUUUUUGAACUUUAUUGAUGCAUCGUCCAACAAAUAAUACAGGAAAGCCAUUGCAAUGCACCAUCUGGAGGAGGCUGAUGAAGGGUGUGGUGUUUUUAAGAGAUCACACGCAGUUAAUGUGCUUUCUGUGAUGCCCGGGACAGGUGACCGUUGUGUUCCAAAUGUGGCUUUUGAAGGGAAGUUUCAGCACAGGACAAUAGUAUGGAUUCUUACCACUUAUUGCUGCGAUUCUAGAGAAACUUGUGGAAGGAUCAUGUGCUAGAGUGGCUUGAUCAAGGUGUUCCGGCGAUUGUUUCAAGAAGCUCUUACGUCCUAUGAACUGUUGAAAUCGUAUUGAGUUCUCACAUGGCUUUUGGCUCAGGGAACGUAAUAAGGAAGAAAUAGAAUAGCUAUUUCACGAAAUCAAACAGAGCAGAAAUAAUCAACAGAAUACACAUUCCUUUGGUUGGUUCGCAGGAUGGAAUGGUUAUUCCAAAAGUAUGUUCUAUUGUUUGGCCAA